AUGAUUAAAUUAAAAAAAAGUGUAUUGUAAUCACAGUUUAUCACAGUAUCAAUAUUAUAUCAUUAUAUUACCCAGCCCUAUCACAUAGUAAAAACGUUACCUUAGCCAUAUCGGAAAAAAAAAAUCAAUAAGGGUUUGUUUUUGUCCAUUUCUGUUUGUUUAACCUACUUAAUCAAGCUGACUACUUUUUUUUUUUUUCUUUUUUUGCUUGCCCAACCUUGCCGAUUGUAUAUCGGUGUCCUAGGCUGAGGUGAGAGUAGAGCUGGGUGAUAUAAUGAUAUAAUAUCGGUAUCAUGAUAAAUUGUCACAACAAGCUUUAUUGAGAUAUUGUGAUAUCUUUUUAUGUUUAAAAAAAAAUACAUUUAAUUACAAACCGGCUGAUUUGAUGUUAAAAUUUUGUGCUGUACAGAGCAAGAGGAAAUUGAAGAGAAAAAAUGUUUCAUGAUCUCCUCAGAGAUGCGGUUUCUUUAAAUGGAAGCGUGCUCCAUUUUUUAAAGCCUGCUAUCUAUAUCUAUUUUUACACAUCUGUAUGCAGGUCUACAUACAACAAAGGAAGCUCUGUAACAUGUCUGUGCACUUUAAUUUUGAUAUUUAAAAGGGCAAAAAAGAAAAAAGAACUGUUGAAAUGUUUCUUUCAAAUGGUCAGCCUUUAAAUCAGUUACAUAAUUAGGAUUUAUUUUUGUCUUUGUAAAGAACGACAGAUUGCACUAUUCACUAUCCAUUCGCCCACAUUUCCUCACACACACACGUACAUUUACACCCUCUCCCAUUUAUCGUCCACUCUUCCUUGAAGUGACAGCGUCGCCAUGGUUACACUGGCGCAAAAUGAUCGAUGGCUUAAGGCGUCCAAUAAGGUGGCGCCCUAGCGUGGGUUUGGUUAACGGCUUUCUGUCUCCCGAUAAGCAAAGAGCGUUAGAGGAGACUAAAAGCUACACUACUCAGUCCCUGGCCAGCGUCGCCUACCUGAUCAACACACUCGCCAACAAUGUGCUGCAGAUGCUCGACAUCCAGGCGUCUCAGCUACGCCGCAUGGAGUCCUCCAUCAACCACAUCUCACAGACAGUGGACAUCCACAAAGAGAAGGUGGCCAGGCGUGAGAUUGGCAUCCUCACUACCAAUAAGAAUACCUCACGCACACACAAGAUCAUCGCUCCAGCCAAUCCCGAGAGGCCUGUGCGCUACAUCCGCAAGCCAAUCGACUACAGCCUGCUGGACGACGUAGGACACGGCGUGAAGGUUAAUGCCCAGAACAUGAAGGCGGGCACGACCCCACGCACAGGUGCCCCUACCCAGAAACCACCCAGUCCUCCAGGCCCGGGGAAGGGCACCAUCGGGCGCCACUCCCCCUACAGGACGCUUGAACCCGUGCGUCCCCCCGUCAUUCCUAACGACUAUGUGCCGAGCCCGACCCGCAACACAGCUCCGCCCCUCCAGAGCCCGGCACGCACCGCCUCCGUUAAUCAGAGGACCCGCACGUACAGCAGUGGCAGUAGCGGAGGAAGUCACCCAAGCAGUCGCAGCAGCAGCAGAGAGAACAGCGGCAGUGGCAGCGUGGGCGUGCCUAUUGCCGUGCCGACGCCGGCCCCUCCCACUGCUUUCCCAGGUACUGCCUCCACACCCCCGAACCCCCCCAAGCCCCCUCCCAGUGUGUCUAUCCCGGCUCCCCCAGCACCUCCCCCUCCUCCUACCCCUGAACCCACACCUCCUCCUGCUCCCCCUGCUCCCCCUGAGAUCCCUCCUCCCCCACAACUGCCCCCCACCACCGGCACCGCGACCGCGCAAGGAAAUGGGCCUCAGUUCUACAGCAUGAACCGACCAAUGGCACGGCAAACCACACCCUCAGUAGGCGGGUCUCUGCCGUAUCGCCGGCCGUCUUCAGUCACCAAUCAGCCGAGCAACGUACCUCAGAAUACUCACGCAAACAUGAGCCAGACCCAGCUUAACGGAGGACCACACUACAACCAGAACCAAGCCCCCAUGGCUCCGCCUCCUCCCUCUAUAUUACAGAUCACGCCCCAGCUGCCUCUGAUGGGCUUUGUGGCUCGGGUUCAGGAGACCAUCUCAGACGCACCUCCUCCUCCGCCCCCUGCGGAAGAGCCUGCGUUUGUGGACUCGGCUCCGCCCCCGCCUCCACCAGAAGACUACGAGGAUGAGGAGGGAGAUGAGGACGAAGAGUCGGCAGUGGUGGAGUACAGCGACCCGUAUGCCGAGGAGGAUCCGCCAUGGGCUCCUCGCAGCUACCUGGAGAAAGUGGUGGCGAUCUAUGACUACACGCGCGAUAAAGAGGACGAGCUGUCCUUCCAGGAAGGCGCGAUCAUCUACGUCAUCAAGAAGAACGACGACGGCUGGUUCGAGGGCGUCAUGAGCGGCACCACGGGGCUCUUCCCCGGAAACUACGUCGAGUCCAUCAUGCACUACGCUGACUGAGCCACCGGGUGGAGCUGCUCUCCAUCUCUCACUCUCUCACUCCUCUUUCUCCCACUCUCAACCAAAAACCUCCCUCUUACACCCAUACACACACACACUCACACGCGCACACGCACACAGACCUCAUCACACACUGACCCAGAGGUGACACAGAAGAACAUCUGGACGUGUGACAGAAAGGAUGAUACUCAUCUGUAUAUUUGUGAAGAUUUCUUUUCUUUUUCCAAACUCAGCUCUAUCUCAUUAGUGAACUGUGUGUGUGUGUGUGAGUGAGAGAGAGAGAGAGAGAAUGUGUUACUGUCUGUUGGGAGAUUGAUAUCUGUAAGAUUUAGACUUAAAGAUUUAUAAGGACCAUUUUUGUCUUAAUUUGAGUCUUAUAGAAACACUAAAUAUUCCUGCUGCUGGUUUUGCUCGACACUAGGUGAACUAGACUGUGUACUUCUGGUCCCUCAACUUGUUUUUUUUCCUCCUGCACUGAGAGAUAACUGAAGGACAGCGAGAAGGACAACGUCUCUCAACUCCUCCUUUACCGACUCUCCUGACACUCGGUGUUGCGGACAUGAACUCGAUCAGCACACGUAAUGGAAUUUGUUUUCUUAUUCAUUAAGGAAGGAGGAGUGUUUGCUGUGGGGUUGAGUGAUAUUCCAAAUUUUUACUUUUGAUAUUAAUGGUUUCACUGCAAACAGCCAAUCAGAUCAAACCUGGCUGCACAAAUGAUUGACAUUAGUCUAGAAAAGAGGCGGGGCCUGUUCAAACCAUUUCAGCUCACUGCUCUUAAACCACCUGUUUGUUUCUUAAAGGAAAACUCUACUCUGAUACACAUUACAUACGUGUAUAACACGUGUCACGUGCUGACAUCACAGCAGGACGUUGGUGUUGUUGCUGCAACCAUCGUUGUUAGCACCAAAGUAUUUCCCGGCGACGUUAAACAUCAUAUUAACGACAAAUCCAACGUAGGAGUAGCAGAGACGACGAUGCACUCGAAGAAUGCAGUGCAGCUAUAAUACGGCGACGCAUUUGCUCCGAGUUACGGCAGAGAAUCGGCUCGGCUAGAUAUCGAUCUACGAAAUGGCGCGUGUGAUGACGUUGAUGUCGGGAUUCACUUGAGAGAAAGCUGAAGCGUUGGAAGCUGCUUGAGCGAGUGUACAGAUGAGAAGCUGAGAGUCUUAGACAGAGUAAAUCACUAAAGCGCUGCUGCAACGCUCUCUUUAGAUAGACAUGAAUUCCCACUUGUGCCAUGUGGUCGAACGGCAUUGUGGGUAGUCUCGGAAAGAGCUGUCCAAAGUGAAAAGAGACUAACGUUAAUGAUAAAGAUUACUAUGCAGGUUACUCAGGGCGGAGUUUUCCUUUAAUCCUUAUAGACCCAUUUCGCUAAAAUAUUGAUUGUAAUAAUUUCUAGUUUUGUUUUUUUUUUGGCCCCUCCCACCCCCCCCUUCAUUCCACUUCAGUCACUUUGCAGUCUUUAGCGGUAGUUUAUACCAAAGGAUUCCUUCAGAUGAGGACAAUGGCGUGUGAACGACGGGACCGAAUACAGUUUUUUCCGUUUCCUUUCUUACCAUUGACACUUUUUCAUCAGAGAUUUGAAUCACAGAUUUUACCGAUUUCUCUGUGUUUGUAUGUGUGUGUCUGCUAAAGCUAUUUAAAUUAAGCUCGUGCCAUAAAGAAGUGUUUCUAGAUAGUUGGAGAUGUUUAUGAAGAAGAUUUCUUUGCGAUUCUGUUACGAUUCCCGCCACCGUUAUUUGUGUUUGUGGGGGAAAAAAAAACUGAAGCUCUAGAAUAAUAUGGUGGAAUUUUUUUAGCAUCAUUUCGACCAGCUCUGGACUUAAAAAUACAACACUAUGUGUAUGUGAUGAUAUAUUGCUUAUUAUUAUGAUUAUUAUUAUUAUUAUUAUUAUUAUUAAUAUUCUUUUUAAUGAUGAUGAUGAUGAUGUGUUGGUGUAUGUGACUGACGUACGAAUAAGAGAAACAUCCCUUUCACCUGCAAUAACGUUCGCACAGACAGAAGAAAGCACAAGUGGUUGUGUGAGUGAAGAAAAAAAAAAAAGAGAGAGAGAAACCAGCCCAAACUGCUGAACAUCUCACAGAGCCGUGGUUUGUUCUCCUCAUUCUUAUUUUAGUUUUAUUUUUUUAACACUAUGAGGUACAGUGGUGUCUAUACAUGUGUUAGUGUGUGUGUGUGUGUGUGUGUGAGAGAGUGAAAGCAUGAAUGUGUCGUGUGAUCCCGAUGUUCGUGAACUAUUUGCUCGCCUGUUGCUGUUUUCUUUUUUUUUUUUUUUUCAAUGGAGGGUUUGUUACCGUGUGUGAACCGACUCCUGCAUGUUGAUCAUUUCUGUGACUUUAUUAUUAUUUUUUUUUCUGCUGAUGGAGAAUAAACUGGAUUGAUCUAGUCUGCACAGCUCACACUCUCUGCAUCACGUGCUCUGUUCAGUACCUCAGGGGUUAAAAUCAAAAAUUUGAAUUUUAGAUUCUGCAUAUGCACUUUUCACAUGUGCAUGUUAUUUUUGACAUUUUUACAUACAAAAUUCACAUAAAUCCCCCAUAAUUCAUUUUUUUCUCAUUUUAAUUGGACCCACGUAGGGCACAAGUUUCACGAUUUAUUUUUCACUUUAAACAAAUGCCGUAACAAAUAGAUUUUUUGUUUUUAUUUGACGAUUUAUUUUUCACAUGAAUUUUUUUUUUUUUUCCCUGCAUUUAGUUUUCACACACUUUUAUUUCUUCACAUUUUUGGGAUGUGUUACAUUGAAUUGCAUUCUGUGUAAUUCGUUUUUUUUUGUUUUUUUUUAAUUUUCAUGUGAUAUUCACCCCCAAUUUUUUCCUACGCGAUUAUUUUACGAUUCCGUAAUGUUUUUACGUGUAGGGCAUGGGUGUCUUUUUUUCCAUGUCACUUUCCCUGAUUCAUUUAUUUUCAUGUGUAUUUAUAUAAUUAAAUUUUCACACGUGAUUCUUUCACACGAGUUUCCUUCCCCCCAUUUUUUUAAUGCUUUAAUUCGUUUCACACAUGAAGGGCACUUUUUUUUUCCCUACAUAAUUAAUUCUUCACAUGUUGGGGCAUUUCUUUUGGACGGUGUUCUCUCUAAGCACCAAAAAGAAAGCACAAGACAAAUGAAGUGGUCCAGUUUUAUUGAGUUAACCUUUUACGCUUAUUCAUUUUUACUGUAAAUGUUAUCCACAUUAAAUGAACGCAACAUGUUUAACUGAGAUAAACAUCUAUGGUAUAAGACAUAAACCAUUACACAUUCUGGUUUAAUAUUUAAAUCACAAAUAACUAUGAAAUGUGAAAAGUCUGAAAUAAACCUGUAUGAUGAUUCUUGAUAUCUCAAUGCGGUUACGUUUAAGAGUAAAAUGUCUUGUACUUACUUGCUUUGGAUUAAUAUUACAGUUAAUAAAAGCAAGCUAAGAAAUAAAAAAAAAAAAAGCUCUAAUCAAUAGAAUUAAUACAGCAAAAUAAUU